GUGGACAGUGAAAGGCUGGAGGAGACCCGGCUGAUAGAGACGGAUGAGUCCCAUCGCAGCGAGCACACCGUCUUCAUCACACCCCCAGAGCUGCCCCCCUUGCUUGAGGGGGAGGAGCACCCUCUGUGCUACAGGUACGAUGGCUUUCCUGUGCUGAGCCUGGACCUCUUUGACCCUGUAGCCCCCACCCCGGACGGCCUGCAAGCACCCCGCCUGGCUGCCAGGCACAGCUGCCCCACCAGCCCCGCCCCAAUGUUCAGACGCACCAAACAGGAGAUCCGGUCGGCCCAGAAGAUCGCUAAGAAAUACUCCUCCAUCCCUCAGCUGUGGUCCAAGUGUCUGCUGCGCCACUGCUACGGGCUGUGGUUCAUCUGUCUGCCCGCGUACGUGAAGGUGUGCCACUCCAAGGUGCGGGCGCUCCGCACUGCCUAUGAUGUCCUCAGGAAGAUGCAGACAAAGAAGCUGCAGCCCCCUGAUGAGGUCUGCUAUAGGGUGCUCAUGCAGCUGUGCGGUCAGUACGGACAGCCAGUGCUGGCUGUCAGAGUACUGUUUGAGAUGAAGAAGGCUGGAGUCCACCCCAACGCCAUCACCUACGGCUACUACAACAAGGCAGUGCUGGAGAGCACGUGGCCCUCCAGCACCAGAGGAGGAUACUUCCUUUGGAUGAAGCUCAGAAACGUGCUCCUGGCUGUGGCUCAGUUCAAGCAAGCCCUUUCACGGCCCGCGCUCCUCACCCAGAGCCCACUGUCAGACGGCAGCGACCUGGACGCAGUGAGUCAUGGGAGUCUGGACAGUUCUGCUGAUCAGGGCCCGUCCGCCACUGAUGACAGGUCCAGUACAGUUGGUGGUGGGGUUGCCAGGUCCGUGGUGGCUCCCUCACACUGGGGGGGCUAUGAGCUCAGAGAAGCCCCUCUCCAUAAAGGAGAUCAGUCUGAUCUGGGCUACAACUCCCUGUCCAAAGAGGAGGUGUGGAGAGGACCAGCGCCUCCCAAAGAGAGCAGGAAGGAGAGCGACUGCAGCUCCUUGUCAGAGACAGAAAGUACCAAAGGAAGUAGAGACUGCCUCCCCCAGCUGGACGGGGAUGCCUCCUUCAAACCCCGUGGGAUUGUCCGCAGCAGCUUCCUGUACAAUUCCUCCAGUAAACCCAAGAGCUCCAGCAGUGCAGGCCACGUGGCGGGUCUGCUCUUCACCGCCUCGCUGGACGACAUCGGCGAGGUUCACAGCAACACUUUGAUCAGGAGACACAAGAGUGCCCUGGAGGAGGCGAUUAGUGGCCUCGCCAUGGAGAGGCCGGGUGUGAGGGAGCGCCACCUGAGCGGGGACACUGUGUGCAGCAGCGGCGGCAGCGGGAACACCCUUCUUGGUUUUGGAUCCAGCCAAAGUGAAGCCGGUCCAGAAAAGAAGGCAGAUGCCAAAAUUCUCUCGUGUGUGAGGAUCCACAGGCCCGCCUCUUUGGCUGUGGAGUGUCUGGAACAGUCCGCUUCCAUCGAACAGCCUUCCAGAGUUCACAAAGAGGGGCGGGACUUCAGCUAUGAGGACGGAAACAACGCCGAGGCCAUUUUUGAUUUUGAGGAUCUGGAGCUGGACCCAGUCAAACCGCCCGUCAAGCGCAGCAUCAGCUGUAGCGGUGUGACCACCUCAACCAGCAAGGGCGGGGUCAAACGCACCGACAUCCAAACAGGCUACGACCCUCUUUCUCUUCUGGCAGCGCAGUCGGAGAGCAGGCCGGAGCCACGGGAGGAGGAGUUCAGGGCGCUGCGAGCCCGCAGAAACCUGGCCAGGGAGAUCGAGCUGUACCUGAUCCAGCUGGACAGCCCCCUGAGCAGCCGCACCCCCAGCCUGGAUCUGCAGGACCUCGCCAGCCCCCCCCUCCUGCACCCACCUCCUAACCCCGCCUUCCGCAGGUCCAGUCUCCCCCACGGCUCCCCCUUCCGCAGUGUGGAAAUGUCUCGUUCUCGCACCUUUCACCAGACAUCACCUGCUCAGCCCAUCUCACGUCAAAGUCCGUGGACCCCCCCCCACAGUCAAAGCUCCAGCACCAGUGCCAGCCCAGGACCCAGCCCCUUCCGGGAGAGGGCCGACAGGAUGGGCCUGGGGUCACCCUCCUCCUCUUUUGCCCUUGACACCCUGCUCACGCCAACGCUGGACGUGUUCAAGACCAACGUCUUCUCUGCUGGGAGGGGCGUGGCUGAGAAGGCCAGCCGCUGGUACUCCCGCUUUGCCACCUACUCCGCUCCGAGCAAGGACGGCCACAGUGACAGCCUGAGCGUGUCCUCCCUUGAUAUUGGAGAUUUGGACUCCCCCCCUCUGCUGGAUGAAGAUGAUUGUAGGGAGCAGAAGAUCUCAGCGCUCUCUCCUCAUAACAAUGGUCCAGUGGGGCCCCGCAGGAGCCCCAGGCGAAGCCCCGUUCACAGCAGGCUGCACAGCUCCACCUCCGGCUCCAGCCGGGGCAGACCCACAUCUCUGCCUGCUGGAUGUGUGCUGUCUCCACCCGACUUCCCCCUGCCGGACAAGUCUGACCUCAGCUCUUCACGCUACACAAGCAACACCAGCAUUUUCAACAACUACGCUAUGGAGGCUUUUCUUGAAGGGCAGCCCCUCUGUGGACGAGGCCAUGACGUCCUCGUACUCCACAGGUCUGGACACGGGGACGUCCACCGCGUCCACGCCGUGCCCCAAAACCGCAGUCUCCCCUCCCUCCCCCACCGCAGCCCCACUGCAGGGAGGCCCUGACAGGACUCUUUCUGGCAGGGCUCAGGGUAUCAGCAUCCCCACUGGGCGGCACCAGGGGGCGCUCUCUUCCCCCAUGACCCGGAGCGUCACCAUCUUCGGUCCUUUAGAGGAAGCAUCCAAUUUCAGCCCCCGCCUGCCAACAUCAGGCAGCCUGCCGACCCGCCUGAACGAAGCAACGGACCCGCUGAGUGUGGACUGGAGUCUCCACAGCCCGGAGCCGGUGACGGUCCCCUACCUGAGCCCGCUGGUCCUGUGGAAGGAGCUGGAGAGCCUGCUGGAGAAUGAAGGGGAUCCGGUCAUCACAGAGGCCGACAUGGUGGACCACCACCCCAUCAUCUACUGGAACCUGAUCUGGUACUUCAGACGGCUGGACCUGCCCAGCAACUUACCGGGUCUCGUCCUUACGUCAGAGCACUGCAACAGGGACUCCCAGAUUCCUCAUCACUGGAUGUCAGAGGACAGCAAACAUGUGUUGAUCCAGAUACUGUGGGACAACCUGAAGCUGCAUCAGGACCCUGUCCGGCCUCUCUACAUCCUCUGGAACACUUACAAUGUGGGUUACUCCGUGACACGGCCGGUCCCAGAGGAGGAGAAGGCGUUCAGCGAGGAGGUGCUGCAGAGCGUGGUGAGGAGCAUCCAGAGGAACGACGUCAGCCGGCCCAUGGCUCAGCUGCUGCAGCUGCUCAACCAGACACUCGGGGUCAGGAGGCAAAGGAGUUUGUACAGAGACAUCCUCUUCCUCUCCCUGGUGGCUCUGGGAAAAGACAACAUUGAUGUCGACGCCUUCGAUCGGGAGUACAAGUUGGCGUAUGAUCGCCUCGCACCAAACCUGGUGAAGCUGACACAUAACUGUGACCGUCCCCCGAGCACAGGCGUCAUGGAGGUCCGAAGGACGUUUGGGGAGCCGUACCUGUGAGGCGUCACGCAGCAGACUCCGUUCCUUCAUCAGCUCAGGAAUCGUCCUGGACAGUCACCAAGGGGGUGUAAUGUUUAGGGUCACCAUCAGGGAUGAAGACCAAAGUUUUCCUAACCUGAUGGCAGGAAGCCACUGUCCAUGAAUGCCACUUCCUCCACGGUUUUUCUGUGAGAAUCCUGUGAUGACAGACACUAAAAAAAAAAAAAGGAUUUUUUUCCAUCAAAGGUCUAAUGGGAUGAAAACUCACAGCAGCAAUAUUUUAACACAAACUGAAUUUCUAUUGGCAGUUUUAUUUAAUUUGCACAGUGCUUUGCUUUUGUGCGUCUGUUGUCGUCUAUAUGUUUGAAGCGAGCGUCUGGAAAGACAGCUGCUGACUGCCAACGUGGAAGCAACGCUUCUUCUGAAGGGACAUCCUCUGCAGCACAGCCACUGUUUAGAUAUCAUCAGACCAACUACAGUUAUGGAUAAAUAACAGUGCAACCAGAAAAAACAUUAAAGCUCCUGUUCUAGA